GCAAAAGCCAUAGAAAGCUGUACAGAUAGCUUACUUGGCUGUUCUUGUAGGACCAGGAAGAUGUGAAUGUUGAGAGUAAUGCAGACAGAGGAUUUCAUCAAAGGAUGCAGAAAUGACAGAGAAUGCAGUUACCUAUGAUGAUGUGAAUGUCACCUUCACUCGGGAAGAGUGGGCUUUGCUGGAUCCUUUCCAGAAGAAUCUCUACAAAGAUGUGAUGCUAGAGACCUACAGGAACCUCACCGCUGUAGGCUACAAUUGGAAAGACCAUAAUAUUGAAGAACAUUAUCAAAGUUCUAGAAGACAUGGAAGGCAUGAAAGAAGUCUUACUGAAGAAAAACCAUGUGAAUAUACUCAAUGUGACAAAGCCCUUCCAUCUCAUAGUCAUCUUCAAAUGCAUGAAAUAAUUCCUAGAGGAAGAAAACGCAAUGAAUGUAAUCAGUGUGGUAGAACCUUUGCAAAUCACAGUUAUCUCCGAAUACAUAAAAGAACACAUACAGGAGAGAAACCCUGUGAGUGUGAUCAGUGUGGUAAAGCCUUUGCACAUCUUAGCAGCCUCCAGAGACAUAAAAGAACACAUAGUGGAGAAAAACCCUACAGAUGUAAUCAAUGUGAUAAAGCCUUUUCACAACCUACUAGUCUCCAAAUACAUAUAAGAACACAUACAGGAGAGAAGCCCUAUGUAUGUUAUCAGUGUGGUAAAGCCUUUUCACAGCACAAUAUUCUUCGUGUACAUAAAAGAACACAUACUGGAGAGAAACCCUACAAAUGUAAUGAAUGUGGUGAAGGCUUUGCACGCCACAGUCACCUUCAAAAACAUGAAAGAAUUCAUACUGGAGAGAAAUUCUACAAAUGUAAUGAAUGUGGUGAAGCCUUUGCACGUCACAAUUAUCUUCAAAGGCAUAAAAGAAUUCAUACUAGAGAGAAACCAUAUGAAUGCACUCAAUGUGGUAAGACCUUUGCACAAAAUAGUUACCUCCGAGUACAUGAAAGAACACAUACUGGAGAGAAACCCUAUGAAUGUAGUCAGUGUGGUAAAGCUUUUGCACGUAACGCUAGUCUCCGAAUACAUAAAAAAAUACACAGUGGAGAGAAACCCUAUAAAUGUGAUCAGUGUGAUAAAGCCUUUUCAGAACACAGCUAUCUCCGAAUACAUAUAAGAAGACAUACUGGAGAGAAACCCUACCAGUGUACUCAAUGUGAUAAAACAUUUGCACAUCACAGAAGUCUCCAAAUACAUAAAAGAACACAUACUGAAGGAAACCCUGUGAAUGCAAGUAAUGUGGUCAAGCCUUUGCAUGUGACAGUAGUCUUUGAAGUCAUGACAAAAAAUCAUACUGGAGAGAAUCCCUAAAAAUGUAGUCAGUGUGGCAAAGUCAUUCAUUGCACUUUGUGGGUCUUUAUACAAGAGUAAAACCUUUAGUGUGUAAUCAGUAUGUUACAGACUUUGCAUCUAAUAGUAAUCUUUGAGAUCCUGAAAGAACUUCUACAAAGGGAAACUGAUUGCAAAAGAUUUGGAGAG